AUGGACUUCGACUACUUUUCCAUCGAGGCAAUCCUCGCAGAGAAUCAGAAAAUACAAUGCACCUUCAAACAUGAAAUACCAAACAUGGGCCACCUCGGCGGAGGCUCAGAACGCGACAUCGCAGUGCUCAGCAAGCUGCAGCUCCCAAUAUGGCUGGCAUACACCAUUAUCUACUCUGAUUGGGCGGAGUUCAACAUCCCCGCUCCUUUUGGCUCUAAAGUACGCAACGCCCUCAAAGCAGAAGCAAGGAGCGUGAGGCUCGCUAAUCUCGUCGGAGCUGGAGGCUUGUGGUAUGGAUUCGGAAAGACUAUCAUGGACAUUCUCAGCGAUGAACAAGCGAAUGAGAUGUCGGAGAUGUUGAGUAAGGCUUUCAAGGAUCGUCUACCAGAAGUCAUCGACCAGGCCCAACACUUCGCUGCCUUGGGACAGGCUGGCGCAGGAGGAUCAUCUGGUGACACUGCGCAGACAUUUCGCGAGGGGUUGGAUUCGAAAGAGCGGGAACUCUUCUCGCUAGCUCAGGAGAGCGCGAAACGAACCAAACUUUGGUAUGAAGACAAUGGUCGCACUAGGCAUUGA